UGGCCUGAAUCCAAACCAAAAAUAAAUGAGGUGCGGCCUGACGUCAAACGGAUCACUUCAGAAUGCAGCCCGUCUCGAUCACUUUGCAAGAAGCUCUCGAUCACUCUCAAUGGUACGGUCGCGGUACGACUGUAGCACAGCGGAGGAGGUCUUUAUAGUGAAGACCUGACAACCACAGCGAGCUGGUAGCUUUUAGAAUAGUAGCAGUGUCAUUGGAAUGGUCCCAUCUUCAGAAGAAGAAGAUGGACCAACCACAAGCAGGAGUUAGCAGAACCUGAAUGAUACUCGAAUCGAAUCCAGAACUCGAUCGGAAUUCCCAGAACACAUCACUUCCACCAUCGCAUCCAAUCGAAUCUUCCUUUGAUUAGCUUCCUUUGACCAAGUAACAUGUCGUCGCUCGACGUCAAUGACGACAAGACGGAGACUAUGUGUCCCGUCUGUUGGGAAUCCAUCCACGACGAAAAGCCCGUGGCAGUGGCGACGGGCUGUGGUCAUAUUUAUCACCAAGCGUGCACCCAUGCCAACAAUAAAAAGAAUAAUUGUUUGAUUUGUCAACAACCGACCAAAGCAUUUGUCGACCUCUUUAUUCGACUUCCCAACGUGGUCAACAGCUCUCUCCGUCGCAGCAAAAAUCUGGUCACCAAGUUGGAACAUGAGUUUCAGGAGGUCAGUCGUCGAACACAGCUCUCGUUGGAAAAGGAAAUUGCUCGACGGGAGUUUGAACAAACCUGGUUGAAAGAAGAACGACAGCUUAGGCUAACGGCACGGGGAAAAGUGGAAGAACGACAUGCCAAGGCGGUGCAAACUUUGGAAAACAAUCUGAAGGAACUCCAAGUGAACUAUGAACGAAAACUCAAAAUGAUUGAAAGGAAGAAAGAACGACGAAGAAGCACAAACAAACAACAUGACAAUCCACGUUUUGGACAUUCUUUGAGGUCUUUGCAAGAUGAGCCAGUGUUGGACAGGUCUGCUACGAAUCAAGAGGAAGACCAAGAACAGCAAAGUUCGGAACUGAAUGACCAAUCUUCCUCUGCAGGUUUGAGUGACAGCCACACUGACAAUCAGGGCAGACAAGAGACAACACCAACUGUUGAAUCAGGUGGUCAAGGCACUAUCAAUAGCGAGGUCAACGCUUGGCCUCAAAGUUUGGUUGGGGUCACCAGCAAACAAUACGAACAAAGCUCGUCAACAAAUCAAGUGGCUAAUCCCACAGAAGCUUCCAGAAGUGAUGCAAUCCUUGAUGUUGCCGCGCAACAAACUCGCAGCAAUUAUUCCAGCAGGCAAACGCGCGCUGAUUUCCAUCACAGCAAGCAGCAGCAGCAGGCGACCAAGCCUCCUCCAACAGGCACACGGAACCGGAAAUCAUUUUCAAAAUACAAAGCCUCUGCUCCGACAAUUGCGUCAUUACAACCAAAGCCCGCGGUUGCUUGUGCUGCACCAGCAUGGUCGGACGAAGACAGCAAGGUCCCUGGGAACAAUGACACCAAACCUCCAUCUCCAGCAUCAUCCAAGAGUCUCCCUUCGUCGUCUUGCAACAAAAAGAGAUCUCCACCCUCGAGAAAGCGAAAGGGACAAAGUACUACCACUGUUGCUACGGGAAAGUUGUUCUGUGAUGACUCGUCAUGGGAAGAUGCUUCGACGGCCAGUGCUGUGCUGAGUGUUGCCGAGUAUGAGCGCCAGAGGCUCCAAGCAGAGACAGCCUAUUUACAACACCAAGCAGAGCUCGUAGAAUGGGAACGUCAUCAGGCUGAAAUGGAGUUGGAGCAAGAUGAGCUCGCAUUGCAGCGUCGAGAACAAAGAAUCCGAUUGGAGCGGACUCGCUUGGAAGAGUCCUUCUUUUCUAUCCAGCGCCGAGUUGAACAAUCCAAGCAAGACGCGAGGGAUCGCCAGAAACUCACAGCAAUGGAAGAAAAGUUCGCCAAGACAAACGUAGCGCGCGUCAAAGAGGACGAACGAUUCCAGCAAGAGUUGGAUCAUCUCAAGCUAGACGACAUUCAAAUCACGGAACGAGAAACUUGGGAAAAGAGACGACAAGAGAAUGAGAAAGUGCGACUCAAAAAGGAAGUCGAAGCACUCGUGAAAGUUAUGAACAAAUUGGAGCGCGCCAAGGAACUGGUCAAGCAGUUCGAAGAACAGUCGUCUUCGUCCCAAACACAGGACACUUGCGUGGUUUGCUUUGACCCCUUGGUGAACGAAGAAUCCGAGUUGGGCGUGGCCGUUCCCUGUGGCCAUUCAUUUCACACCAAGUGUUUUUCGGGCUGGGAAAAGUCGAAACGUCGACGUGGUUCAUCAGCUUCUUCAUCCGUUCCAUGCCCUCUUUGUAACGUUGGCACGAACCUGUGUGUCUCCAUCCGACUGACGCGUCCAUCAUCGUCAUCCUCGUACUGUGCGUCAGCCUCGUCGGCGUCUUCCCUCGCAAGGCAUUUCCAAAAAGAAGAAGGCCGAUGGCAGAGGCGUAGGUUGACAAGGGCUGGACUGGCGAGAGAAGCUUUGCCUUAGCUGUUCUACAGUACCGUACGUAAAGUUGUAAUGCACGUUGUAGCUGCACAUUAAUAGCGUUGCCUGAAGUAUGCAUCCCCGUACGUGCGGUUCACACUGCCACGAAGCUCCCCUCAAACAACGUACGGUUCGAGACAAUAAGCACCAGCACAAGCGCCGACAUGGAAAUCGAAGCGGCAAACCAAUGAACCCAACCACCACAAGACAGCGCUUGCCCACAACGAGCCAACAUUGGAAAGGAGCUUCCCAAACCGUGCGCGGCAGCUACCCAAUGCUACGGUACGGGUCUUUUGGAAGAGCUUGGCUACCAGUAACAAGCAGCAAAAGAGUUUCACUCUUUUUGAUAUUGAGUGUGUGAUUGGGUUCGCUACUACUAGAGUUACACGGGCUGCACCACAACUUGAUUGAUCCAUCUAAUUAAAAAUACCCU